UAUCCACAGGACAGAGGAUGAGUAGCUGAUCGCUGGGGGUCCAGACGCUGGGACCACCUGCAGUCUCCUGCAUGGUGCUCCAGAUCUCCCAAUGCAUGGGAGUCGGUGGCCAGCAUCAUGUCUGUUUUCAAUUGAAGGUCAUACAGUUUUCUGAGUACAUCAUUGAUAUCCUUUAUAAAGAUUGGUAAUACUUCAACCAAAGAUGAUGCGUGCACCUAAACUGAGAGAAAAGCUGAAGCAACGAGAGGACAAGGAGAUGGAUUCCUUUUCUUACUGUGACAUCAGUUCAGUGUUUAUAACCAAGACAAUUCACAGGAUUAUAUCCCCGAUGGCCGUACAGCUCUGUCAUUUGAUCAUCUCCAUGCAAUGUAAUGGUAACAAGUAUAUUGUGAUAAGCGGGGACCUGGAACAAUUGGCUGAGGAGUUAUCCAAAUUUACAGAGCAUUUUGCCAACACUUCCCUCAGGCUGAAAGAAGAGUAUGAUGAUGCAACUUUUGCGCAAGAAAUGGAAAAAGCAGCAAAAUCGCUUCAAGUAUUUGGGAAAAACAUCCUGUUGUCAAUACAGAAACUAUGCAUUCAACCUACAGUUCCAAAUCACCAAGAGGAAUUGGUUAUUGCAGCACAAAAUGUAUUGAUGGGAACUUUAAAGAUACUUCAGCUAGAAGAUGAUGCAGGAGUUAGAAAGAUACAUCGAGCUGCAGAUUGGCUCCUUGAGUGUUUGACUUAUUUACAAAAAGCAGAAAGCACCUCACACCUGCAGGCAAAUUUCUGGGAAUUUUCUGAAGCUCUUCUCUUAUUGAACUGCCUAACCAAGAACAGAGUUUUUGAUCUAAAAGAUUCCCUGCACCAGAAACAUUUGGCACAAAAAUUGCAAACCCUUCAUAAAUGUGUCCCAAUGUUGUAUACAGCACUUCAAAGCAGUAUUAAGCAUCCUUGUAAUGAUCAAAUAAUUGAUUCCAAGUUGUACAUAUUUGAUCAAACAUCAAAGACAAUACACGAUCUUAAACACUUGCUGACAACUGACCCAGAUAGGCAUGAAGUAAAGAAGCAAGGCUCAUUUACUCAAGAAUUAUAUACUUUACUCAACAUAUUAUCAGAUCCCAAGCCAACGGAGCUUCUCAACAGUGAUUUAGACUUUCUUGUAGGAGCCAUCAUUUUUUACUGCAUUUAUGUAGCUGAUUAUUCAAGACCAUAUAUAAAACUACAGCUGGUAAAACACUGCCAAAAUCUACUGGAAAAAAGAAAACGGCUGUGUGACCACUUGAAGGAGUUACAGGAAACACCAUGUAGAAGUCUAUUUGAUCUGCAAGCGCAGUGUGCAUCUAUGAGAGUCCAGCUUAAUGAUAUUAAUGAAAACCUGAUAUCUUCUAUAUUUUAUCAGAUUCUAGAUGCUUUUACUGUCAAAGAUCCAUUAAAAAGGUUGUUAAGAGCUGCUCUCAAAAUGAAUAAGAAAACAAGUCUUCACUCAGAACAUCUAUUUGCUUCCAAGGCUUUCCAACCACUUCUCCAAGCCUUUCAGAAUCAUACAGACCAGUUAUUGAAGAUAUCUAGCUUUGUUUUAGCCCAAUGCUCUCAAGAACAAAUAAUCAAUGAGAUACAGAGUUCUGUCGAUUGCUUAUGUAGAGUAAGGAAUGAGGUAAUUGCACUUGUUCUUGACACCAAUAAGGCAAACUAUGAAUGCAAAAUGUUUGAAAAGGCACAGUCUAUUUACCAGAAAUGGAUUAAGGCUACAGAAAGUUUAAUCAUGAGUCUUGAUGGUAUUUUAACUGUACACCAGUUCUUGGAAUUGUCCAUUAAAGAGAUUCAGAAGAAUAAGUACCGCUGUGAAAAACUCCUGAGAAGUCAGGAACCAGAAAUUUUUCAGUAUCAUGCUGCAGACUUAUGUGAUCUGGCAGAACGUGUAGCCCAGGUUGUUACCAGGCAUGUUGACCAGAGCAAGAGCCCCAUAUUCAGGAAUGGCUUGCGAGUUUUGGUUAGACAAUUGGAAACAUUGGUGCUUGAAACCAGAACAGCUAUGAUACAAUGCCUUGAGAAAAUAUCAUGUUUUACAACUCAAAACCAUUUCUUGGAAAAAGUCAAUCUUUUGUUCAAAUCUAUAUAUAAUGUUCAAGAAGGGAUUACUGGUAGCAAACAUCCGGAUCUGCUAAGUCCUUUAAGAAAUGAAGGUGGUCCAGUCACUCAUAAAGUUACCACAAUUGAUUUAAAUGAAUCGGAGGAGUCACAUGAUUACAAUGAGAAAACCCAUAGGGAGCAGCAUAAAACAUGUUCAUCAUAUGAAGGAUACUUGAGCAAACCUGUUCCUUUAUCCAACACAGGGAAAAUGAUAAGAAAAAGUGUAAAUGUUGAAAGCACAAUACAAGUAACAGAUUUUCAUCCACUAGUAAGUAAACUUCUAAGUGCAGUAAAGAAGCAGAACACUAAAGAGAUCCAUGAAUGCAGUUCUCUUUUACAUGAAAUCUAUGACAUUUACCUGGAGGUGGCAAAUGAUGCAUUACUUCAUGGAAAUAUUGUGGAAAAAGAUGAACUUAAGUAUAAAGACACUGAAGCCCUAAUAUUAACCCUUGUCCAGUUUAGCAAGAAAGAAAAUAUAGAGCCAGCAUUAGAAAUCGGAACUGCCAUGUUACUUUCACAUCAAAUUGAAAACAUGAAAACCUACUUUAUAUCUUUGGCAAAUUGUUGGUAUAGUUUUUCUUACCAUUUAUUUUGUAAUUCAAAAAACACUGAAUGUGCCACCAUCAAUGUUGAGCUGUUUAACAGAUUAAUGCAAUGUUUUUCAAGGAUUGUUGAAGCAAUAAGGGAACAUUUACUUGGCCACUAUGUUGAUGGCCUGAAGUUUACAGAUUUUUCUGGAAUUCAAGAAUAUGUGGUAAAAAUUCAGGUCCAAUUCUCCAAGUGCCAGGCCACUGCUAAUCGGUUACUUACAGAAGUUCUUUGUAGUGGAAUGCAGUCUGAGAAUAGUAAACUAGAAUAUGUGUGCAUUUUCUGGGCAGUAUCUGUACAACAAUUAUCUAGAUUAUUAGAUGUAUUCAUUGGUACUAAUAAUUUAUCAAUCACUGGACCAACCGAUUGGACACAACUCAACAUUUCUGAGAGUAGAAGUCUAGUUUUCCUAUGUGAAACAUCAUUGUGGCUACAGGAAGCUGCAGUUAUCCUAAUUAAUAACUUUAUUGAUGAAAAAGAACAGAAAAAAGUUUUGUUACUCAAAGAAGAGAUGGGCUGUCUGACCGAGUCACUGCUGAAGUUAAGAGAAGACCUUAACUCAUCUUCUCCUACUGAUCUGUCCUUUAAUGUAGACUAUAUGCUAUUGCAAAUUGAACUUAUGUUAAAGACAAAACUUAUUAUGAUCCAUGUAAAGAAGUUGUAUAGGGGGAGUCAAACUUUAAUACAUUUUGACAUUUUUUCAUGUAACUCUAAUAAUAGAUUUCUUGCUAUGAGAUCUUUGGAAAAUAAUGCAAAAUCACUGGUUGACAAAGUUACUUUGGUGAAAGAGACACUUAAAAACUCUCCUGAUGUCAUAAACAAUGAAGAAUUAAUUCUUUUAGUAGAUCACCUGCAUUCCCUUACACAAGAUAUUGCAGCAAGGUCAAAACUAUUCAUGGACAUUCAAUAUGAGUGGGAUCUUUUAAUGCUUGAAGCUAUGCUCUUGAACUGGUCAGCUAAAGCUGAACAAUUCAUUUCACGUGUAUGCACUGAUGCAGAGUUGGAUGUGUCUGUUGUAAAGUUCAUCAAACAGUGCCUAACAUCUAGGGAAAGAACAGAGACCACAAUGACAGAUACUGAUGUCCUUUACAAUGAUACUUCAAAUGUGUCCAUUCAAUCAAUGAAUAUUAAUGUGAAACAACAAAGAGCAGAAACUGAAUGUGAACAAAAAGCCUCAACCUCGACAAAACAAGAUGCAAAAAAUGAAGACUGCAGUGUGACUGUUUACAAACAAAUUGCAGCUUGCAGUAAUAAACAAAGUGAAAUCAAUAGCAGUGACAAAGUUACCUUAGAAAGUGGUUUAAUCAGUAAGGAACAAAGUGCAGUUGAUGGAACACAACGGAAGAAAUUAAACAGCAGACAAAAGUCUUCUGUCAGAAGAUUAAUGAAGGUGGUCCGUUCCAAGCGAGGAAUAGCAACUAAUGACAAACACAAUAAAAACUUUACUGAAAGACAUUCUAAAGCGCAUGGUGUGACAUUGGAGAAGACAAUGAGCACAGAAUCUGAUGAAUCUCAUCUUGAGGUUAAUAUAAAAAGGGAUAAUGGAGAAGAUUUAAUUUAUCAAAAUCUUCAUGUGAACAUUGGAGUAGAAAAUAGUUUGGUCAAUCAGGAAUCACCAACGUUGACAUUAGAUACAACAGUUAUUAGAGCUGAAAAAGAGACAACCGAUCAGGAAGCUAAAAAUCUGAAAACACACACACUAUUUACAGUUGUUAAAAAAAGAGUUAGUCACCAAGAAACAAAGCUACAUAAAACACCCGAAGCAAUGCAGAAAGACACACUCACUCAGCAAUUAAUAAAUGAAAAAGAAAUUCCAGAAAACAUACAAGGAAUAUCGAUUGAAGAAACAAAGGAUAAGCAAACAAAUAGACAUAGCACAAUGGUACAGAAUAAUGAAACAAAUCUGGAACCAAAGAAAAUAGGCACAUUACACAGUGACGAACAGAACAAAGAAACCAAUCACAAAGUAAGUGAUCAACUAUCAGGAAAUGCGUCAAGACUGGGAGAUGAGCUAAAUGUAGAAUAUCCAGCACCCAAUCACUCAAUAUGCGAGCAGCAAAAAAAAUACCAACAGGAAUCAACCAAUUAUAAAAUGCUGCUUGAUCACAAAAAAGGAAGGACAGAAAUAACUAAAAAGGAAUCUGUUAUUGCCAAACCAUGUAUGACACCCAUUGAUUCACAGAAAGAAUUUUUUAGAGGACAGAAGAAGACCCACAAAGAGCAACCCAGAUCUGAAACUGAGAAUAAGCAACUUAGUAUUUCUAAUAGAUCAGACAACAGCAAUAAUGAAACACAACAGCAAAUUAAACUGAGGAAGGAACAUAAAACUUGUCCAAUAGCUCAACCAGGUAUGAACAUAUUGAAGAUGGACUACAAGAAGAAGCCAGCAACUGUGUUCUGGGACAACCUUAGCAGUACCACAGUUGUUGUUGAACACGCAAAGGUGAAGUGCACAUCCCUUGAAGACAUGCAGAAUGUUCACAGGCAUUCUCAAAGAUUCACUAAAUGUCUUCUGGCUGAAGAAGUAGAGACAUGGGAGGGUGAGACAAAUACAGUUGUUAAAAUCACAAGAGAAAUGGCAACCCAAAUGUCUAACAUGAUACAAUAUUUAGACAGAAAAGGACCCAUAAAGGUAUAAUCCUAUUGAGAGUGGAUUUUAAUGAUGGACUGUUUUGCAGUGAUAUGCAUGUAACAUAGUUUGUAAGGUUGAAAAAUAGACAAGAGUUCAACCUAAAGCCCUACUGUGUUGAUCCAGAGGAAGGUAGAAAAAAAAACCCUAUAAAGGCUGAUGCCAAUUGCCCUAUAAGAGGACAAAUUCCUUCCGGACUCCAAUAUGACAAUCAGAAUAAAUCCCUGGAUCAAUGUUCUAUCCCCAUAAAUCUAGUGUCCAUAACCUGUUAUAUUAUAUUUUUUCCAGAAAAACAUCCAGGCCUCCCCUUAAACUUGUUUAUUGAGUCAGACAUCACAACAUGUUUUCAGCAUGGUUCAAGCAUUCAGGUUUUCAUUCAGCAAUAUAAAGACUUCAUGACAGCACCUUUUAAAGCUCUAAAGGGGGAAAUUUACUAACAUUAGUAUGCCAGUAAUAACCAGAUUUAUGCUUUUUUUUUUUUGUAAAGCACAGACGCACAAUUGGCCCUCAUUUAAUAUUUCAAACCCGACAUGUUUUGUCGGGAUGUGCGCCAGAUUCUGUCGCAUUGCGCCAGAAAUUCUGUCUGCUCCAGAAUUUGCGCCAGAAUUGAAAAAACCCUGACUAACUCUCCAUUUUGCCAAGUAAAUCCAAAAAUGGGCGUGGCCGUCGGCGAAAGGGGCAUGGUCUCCAAGAAGGGGCGUGUUCCCAACAUUUUUACAAAAACCCAACAUGUUUACUAAGGUUUCCACAGAAAAUGUGGUGGAUUUGAGCUUAGGAAAACCCUACAGAUCUGAGCAUGUGUAAAAAAAAAGCAAAGUGUAGGGAAAGUUGAAAAUGUAGGGAAACCUUAGCAAAUACCAUGGAAAAUAAAUUGUAGGGAAUUAAAACCCACAAAGAAACCUACACUCCACUCUUAGUAAAUGAGGGCCAAUGAGUUACUGGCAUAUUUUACAAUGUAUUUAAAAACUUUUGAUAUGUGUCUCUAACACCCUCUUACUUUUUUGCAUGCAAUUUUGUGCAGUGAAUGACUUGCGGUACCUCCUCCAAUACACUGCUAAUUAUAAAGUUAUAAGAAAUCUACAAAAUUUAUGUUCGUUGUAUUUUCUAAUAUAGCGCUCAGAGCAGUUUAUUGCUUCUGCUAAACAAAUAGCUACCCUUGGGCAAGCUUUUGUAAAGUUUAUUGGAAUAAUGGCUAAAAACUGCACAGACGAGAGAAAUACAUGUGGACUGCUGUGUGGCAUGGAACAGGUACAAACAAUUAGCAACCAACUCAACAUCAUUUCAAGGUAUAAACAUUUUUUUUUAUAUAUAAUUGUUUAUCUAUUAAAGAAUUUUUCUUUAAAACAUAUUUUUUCAACAGUAAAGAAAAAUAUAGGUACUUAGAACGUUCUUUUUCUCUUCAAGAAUUCAGCAAAUUAAAAGGAUAAAUGUUUAAUACUGUAUAAAGAAUGCUUAUUUUUCAGAAUGUGAUCAGAGAUUCAAAUGUUAAUGAUCCUAAUAGAGUCUCCAUAUAAAAGAUUAUAAUAGAUUGCUAAAAUGAAUGCCAUUACAUUGUAUACUCUUUUAGGAAAUGUACCCAUCUCCCAUUAUCUCACAUUAAACUUCUGAAGCAAAUAUAGAGAAGCUACUCUCUGCCACACUGUACCAAACUUUUUUCAGCGAUCACUUAGUAUUGGAGUUGCUCUGCACCCUGGUGGGUCCUUGUGGUUUUAGCAGCACUACCCCUAGCUGCUAUGCAAUAGUCUAACAACAAAUUUUACACAGAAUGUUGAAUUCAGGUCAUUAUGGUCCAUGGGAGGACCAAGGUAAUUGUUACCUUGGCCCCAAAAGUCCUCUUAAUCUUUACACUGGUGCCUGGAAACAGACCUUCCGGUCCACAACACUUAGAGCAUGUCCCUCUGGCCUACAUUAUUAGGACAACAGGAAACAAAAGUAUAAAGAGGAGACCACAAGAAUUAUGUAAGGUGGGAUAUAUGAGAGUUACUGUCUUUACAGGUAGAGCAGAACCUGAUACAAUCUGCUAUUUCAUCACAUGGAUUGGUUCCUAAAACAGAUGCUGAUAUUUGUAAUAUUUCAUCUCCUCAUCCCCUUAACCAAGUAGCAGGAACAAUAAGGAUAUGGCCACCAGCCAUUAGGACUAAAAGUCAUGUACUAACUGAUCUUAGAGAAUUUAAAAUGUGCUAUUGUAAUGACUGUUUUUGUGUUUUUGUAUUUUUAUGUCCUGGGCUCUGUUCAGACACUGGUUUUUAUGUCUGAGCAGUUUUUGUUCUAAUUCUUCCUAGCCUUAGAAGAGUUAAGGUUCUCAUCCUAUUGCGGCUUGGGUGUGGCUUUAAAACUCUAGCUCUGCCCUGGUGAUUUAACUACUUUGACUAUGUUUUAUUAUGCACAUUUGCUUUAGUGCUACUCUGUUCAUAUCUGCUUAGUCAUUAUUUAUAUUGUGAUAUUUCUGUGUUUUUAACCAUGGUUAAUAGUCUUGUUUGUUGUAGAUUUUAGACUUUAGUACAAUUGUGUGUUUUUAGGAUUAUUGUAUGUCCGUUCUGCUUGUACCUUGUUUCUUAGUUUGUGUUCACACUAUGAGCUGUGUCCCUCCACCUUGUGGAGUUUUUGAAUAUAUCCUGUCUUGUAUUUUGAAAAUUAUCCUGUCUAGUAUCCUGACCUGUGUUUAACCACGGUGUGGAGUUUGGUUUUCUUUUAUCCAUUUUUAUAGAGUUCGUGAUUGCUGAUCUUUAGAGUUUAUAGUACAUGAACUGAUCAUAGAGUACAUGAUCACUGAUCUAGUGUUUCCUCUGUGCUUUACCAUUGGUCUAUAUUGUCCUCUGUGCUUACUCACUGAUCUGUGUCCUCUGAAAUUUAUCUGUUUAUGUUAGUUAUCUUAGUCCAGUGUGAACAGUGUUCUAUGUUCCUGAUCAGUUUGUUUAACAUUCAAUUCUUCUGUUCAUCCCUGCAUUUCCUUGUCUCUGCUGUUUACUAAUUCUAUUCCUUGUCUAGUUCAUUUAUUCACAUCUGUCGUUUAUCUGGAUUCUGGUUUCUGAACUGUUUGUUAGUACACUAUUUUCUGCCCUGUUUGUUGUAUUUAUAUUCUGUCUUUCUUGUUUUAUGCCCAUUGCACUUUAGCGUAGGUAGGGACAGUAACCAUGGUUGUCUAUCCGCUGUUUAGGGCGGAUGGACAAGUAAGCAGGGAGAGUGUUAUUAGGGGCAGCUUAGGCCUCACUCUCCCUAUCCAUCCCAGUCAUAACAGCUAUUUUAGAAAUAUUGUUUCCUGUAAUUUUAAUAGUUUUAUGUAGUUGCUAUAAAGACUCUAAGUAUCUCUGUAGAUCAUAAGUUGUUGCUUUCCGUAUUACCUGUUGACUGCUAGUGAGCACUUAGUUCCAGUGAACACAUUAUGUGUAGUGUUGGGACUUAUUACCCACAUUUGGUGUUUCUAGGUGUGUAAACAUUUGUGCUGUGCUCAAUUUCUAACAUAAAUCUGGUGUGAAUGUGAGAUGUUGUAGAGUGUCAUUUACAGAUAGUCAAACCUGCAGAGGAAGAGAAAGGUCUGUCCAUGUCACUGAGUAUAAGAUUAGACAACACCAGGCAUGUCAUAAAAAUGAGUUUGAGGAUUGAGCAUGGAAUUGUCAUAAUAUUCCUUUAUAGGUCAACCAUUUGUGGAUGAGAAUCUACAAGAAAGACAUGCAAUUUAAAGGGUUUUUCCAGGACCUAAAUCAAAAUAUUAAAACCAUCCAGCUGUAUAACAGAUAACUAGACAAAUCUUUCCAUGUACCUCUUUCAAAGUUUUCCCUUUCUCCUGCAAUGUUACAGCUAAAUGCUAAAUGUAUGUUCUAGACUCUUCCAUUUUCUCGCCUUUUUUCCUAAUACUAUUAAAUAAUGAUAUUGUCCUGGAUAACCCCUUUAAAAUAAAAUAAUUCUUCUGUCUCAGAAUACAGACUUGUGGCGGCCACAGGGUGUUAGUAAGAGUACCUGUUCACGUCAUGAUGCCAGGGCACCAUUAUCGUAUACACGGUCCGAGGUUGGGGACAGCUUCUCUUGGGCCAGACACGAUGAGGAAAUAAACACACAGACGUCAGGUUACGGAUAACUGUCUUUACUGAGCUUGUACAGAUGGUAAUACACAGACAGCUGGCCUUGGUGUGAGAGUGCAGCGUACCCCUUGCGAGCCCUGUUGCCUUGCUGAGACUUAUGGUGCUUUCACCGGACGGAAUUGUAGAUUGUAACUUGAGAUUCUGGUUGCUAGGGUCCUUCCAAGGAACUGUAGACUAUUCUGCAUGUAUUCCUCCUGCAAGUGAACCUUGUAGGAUGACCAGUAGGAAGACUAAAGCUGGAGUAGGCCUCUACUCAGAGUACACGGCACAAAGCACACCUGAGCUUAGCUAUUUCUCAGGAGCCUGGAUGAAAUUAGACUUACUAACUCCUCCCCUGUACCUCACUAUUCAGGGAAGACUUUUGUGGUCUCAUUGGCUCACAUGGUCACAUGGGUUCACUGUCACAUUUUAAAGACACAGUACACAGUAUUAUAAAAAUAUAUUACUUGAUAUUAUAAACAUUAUUACUGUGGAACUUGUAUGGGCCCAACACCCUGUGCUGACGAGCUGCCUGAGACAGUCCAAAGGCCAGGGACAGCCUCCGGUACUGGGACACCACAGAUUAUUACAAAUCUACACUGUAUAUUGCUUUACACUAUAUUUGUCAUUAUUUUUAUUUUAGUGUAAAAACAGCCACAGGAUGUGAUGACUACUCUGCCGAGGAUGUGUUACUGAAAAACGCACAGAACCUGAUUCAUAGUGUUUUACAGACAUGGAAAGCAGCAGAGGCAGCAUGCAUUAAGAUCACUGAGAAUCCCAUUAACAGCAAAGAAGAGGAGGAUGUGGCCGCAUUUUGUUCCCAGUUAAGAAAGAAGUUGCUGCGUCAAAGAGCUAAAGAGACUGAAUCUUAAAAUAUUUAUCCCUGUGGACAUACUGUGCUAUGAGAAAGUACAUGCCCCUAUCCGAUGUCAACUUUUGUAUAUUCAUACACUGAAGGGUUUUGAUCCUUAAAACAGACCUGUCAGCAGGUUUUUAGGGUAUAAAGUAAGAGUAAGGCUGUAAAGGGCUUUUGACCCUAAAAUUUUAUAAUUCCACAUCAAGAUAUCAGAGUUUAUCAGAGAUAUCAGAGAUAUUUGACCCCUUCCACGUCAAGAUAUCAGAGUUUUAAAAGAUAUGCAAAUUAGGCUUUAUAUCCUUAAAGGGGUAUUCCGGAGCUCCAGAGUUCUGAAGAUUUUGUUCAGAACGCUCGGAGCCAGAGGCUGUGAUCGUGACUUCACCGCCACACCUUCUCAUGACAUUAUGCCAUGCCCCCUCCAUUCUUGUCUAUGGGAGGGGGCAUGUUGGCAGACAUGGCCCUCCCAUAGACUUGAAUGGAGGAGGAAUGGUCGUGACCCAACAAGGGGACGUGGCCAUGACCUCACGACCACUGCCGUAGGAGCCCAAUGUUUGUUCAGAAUGCUGGGGAGAUAACAGGGGGCCACAGAAGCGGGACCCCUGCAAUCAGACAUUUUAUCCCCUAUCCUUUGGAUGUCUAGCAGCGGAGUACCCCUUUAAAGCGUAUCUGUCAGAAUCCACAAAAAUGCUUCUAACACCUAUAUUUAUUAUAAAAAUACCUCUUUUUAUUAGUUCACAGUGUUAGAAAUGACUAGUGGACAAGCUGCUGCUGCUGCAGGACUGGAUAGUGUCCCAUUAGGUAUGGGGACUCCUAGUGGUGGGAUUUUCGGGGGCUCCUUUCUUAAUUAAAUAUUCAGAAGUUUUUUAAACAACCAUAUUACCAUAUAACAACCAUAUUUCCAUAAGUAACAACAUAUAAAAAGUUUUUGGAUCUGAUAGUGUCCGUUUAUACCUAAAUAUAAUGGGGAACAAAGUAAUUACAGUUUUGAAAAAACCACAGCAUUCAUGUAAAGGGUUUUUCCAAGAUUAAUACAUACCCCUGGCUCAUAAACUGCAGUGGAACAUGGUGGCAGGAAGCUAAACUAGGCUCCGCCCCCACCCUCCGAACUCGUGCACCACGCCACGAUAUGUCAUGCUGCGGAGUCUGGUGAAUGCCGGACCCCGGGAGUAAGACACCCCCUCCCAAUGCCAACCUUGGGACAAAGCCCUUGAGAUAGAGCCUUGA